CACAUUUCUAGCAGAUAUCAAUGUGAAAUAGUGAUUGCGAGGUAAUGCGGUUCUCCGUCGCUAGAUGGAGCCUAAGUUACAGUGUGGAGCUCCCUGGAGUCAAAUCUGGAUAAACUAAACAUGCAAGUUGAAUACACGACGUUUUGUGAACCGUACAAGAACGGACUGCUGAUCUGUCUUAAUGUAUUUCUGAAUAAGGUGAAUUAAUUCAACUGUACAUGUAAGAAAUAAUCUUUGAUACCAUUAUUAGCUGGUUACAUUAUUUUUAUAAUUCACUGCUAAGACGUGGUGCCUUGCAUCAGGCUAAAGGGUGUGCUGUGGGUUCCGGAAUAAUGAGAUCAGCACUGAGCAGCGCCUGUCCCGGCCUGGUCUCCAAGACACGCCGGUACCGUCCCGCGCACCUGUCUGCCUCACCUGGAGGGGCAGGGCCAGAGCAGCUCGCGGGGAGGGGGCCGCGGCGCGUUUCCAGGGCGACUCCAGCGCGCACCGUGUUCGCCAGGUUUAAAAGCCAGACCCCCAGGAGCGAACCUCGUCACCACGAGCCUCGGCGUCCGCACCAGUGCUUUAAGGGGGCAGCGGCGUUAGUUUUCUCCUGUAUGGACAGUCGUCACCGGGGUUCAGGGGCGCGUCGGUGCAGCAGGGGGCGGGUCAUUCUAGCGAAGACUAGCGCAUUUUAGUGUGCGCACACUACAAGUGAGCAGGUCAGGGAUGGAGAACUCCAGCCUCUCGCUUCUUUUCAAGGUGGUGGGCGUGCUGCUGCUCGGCCUGGCUGCGGGGCUGGUCCUGGACGUCCGAGGGCUUUCACACACCUUUCUGGUGACCGGGUACCCCGAGCACUGGAGGAAAGCGGGGCUGGCCGGCGCCCCAGCCCGGGCGGCAGCCUGCAUUCUCGCCGGGAUCUCGCUGAUAGCCCUCGGCUGGCUGUAUAGGCUGCUCUUUGCCCCGCUGGAGCUGCUCCGGAAGCCCGAAGAGGUGGGAUACAUCCCCGAGGAGGGUCGGACCCGAGCCCAAACCGCUAACGAGGUGAGGAGGCGGCGGAAGACCGGAGACCUGCCGCCUGUCUACCCGAACGGCUGGUACCGGGUGCUGGACUCGCACCUGCUGGAGAAGGGCGACGUCAGGAGCGUCACGGUGCUGGGCGAGCAGGUGGCCGUGUUUCGGGCGCUGGAUGGGACGGCCCAUGUGGUUGACGCCUACUGUCCCCACCUGGGCGCCAACCUUGCAGUGGGGGGGCGUGUGGUGGGGGGGUGCAUCGAAUGCCCCUUCCACGGCUGGCAGUUCCGCGGGGAGGACGGCAGGUGUGUGCGCAUCCCCUACGCUGAGAAAGUUCCGGACUUCGCCCGGAUCCGGACGUGGCCGAGCUGCGAGCUGAACGGGAUGGUGUUGGUGUGGUACCACUGCGAUGGGGUGGAUCCCACCUGGAGCAUUCCAGAGCAGGAGGAGAUCACCAGCAGGGCGUGGGUGUACCGCGGGCGCACGGAGCACUUCAUCAAUGCACACAUAGAGGAGAUCCCGGAGAACGCAGCGGAUAUUGCUCACCUGGCACACCUGCACACGCCUGGCAUUGUGAGUGGGGUGGACCUGCGCUACACCAACAGCAAGACCUGGGAGUUUGUCCGUCAUGACUGGAAGGUGCAGUGGGCGCCCGAGCCAGAGCCCAGCCAGCACUGCUCCCGGAUGCUGGUGAAGCACGCCCUCACCAUCUUCGGCAGGCGGUGGCCACUGCUGGACCUCGACGUUGUGGCCAGACAGGUGGGCCCUGGUGUGGUGUUCCUGACCUUUGACCACAGUUUCCUGGGUCGCGGGGUGAUCAUGCACUGCGUGACCCCAGUGGAGCCACUGCUGCAGUGUGUCUCCCACAGCAUCUUCUACCAGAGCAACAUUCCGCCCAUAGUGCCCAAAUUCAUCCUGCGUGCAGAGUGCAUACAGUUUGAGCGCGACGUGAUGAUCUGGAACAACAAGAAGUACAUCUCCAAGCCCCUGCUGGUGAAGGAGGACUCCGCCAUCCAGAGGCAUCGCCGGUGGUUCAGCCAGUUCUACAGUGAGAACAGCCCACGGCUCGGCUUCCAGCAGGACUCGCUGGACUGGUGACCCCUCCGUGUGAGGGAGUCCAGACUGGGGGACACCCUCUUUCUCUGCCUGUACUGCCUGUCCUCCCUUUACAAACCACUUUCACUAACCCAGGGAUGGGGCGCUCUUUUUCCUGAGGGCCGUGUGUUUUUUGCACAUUCUUGAAGUCUGCAGAACUGGAAAUAGCUGUUAAACUGGUCCCGUUAAGCCGGCAGCAAACUGAUUAGAGUCAUUAAGAGCUGAACUGGAAUGAAAACCUGCAGGUUCACUGGCCCCCAGGGGCAAGACUGCCCUCCCCUGCCUUGACCCAUAGUGUACAUCCAGCCCCAGGCCUGUUCCAGCAUAUGGGCUCAUGGGCCAAGUGUAGAAACUCAUCUCUUGCCAGUCCCUUCCAGUUCAUUUUGCUGAAGUCUGGCGAAUAGCUUGUUAGAGUUAGACUUCACUGGCUUCAGCAAUUUAAUGACAAUCAGUGACCUUGAUAUGCAUCAUAUUUUAUACUCGAUACUAUAAACUACUUCCAGUGCUAAUCAGCUGAGUGACUCAUGAACUGAAUCAAAGCCAAGAUCAGGGGAGACCACCUUGCAUUUUCAGUCUAGAGAUCUUGUUUGUGUCGGUCACCUGAUCUCCCAAAGGAGAAAACCCCAGGAAAAAUUGGGGGUUAAGGAAUUGGUUCGUUAGUUGUAUUGUGAGGAAAAUCCUUUAAAUCUAAAUUAGCUGCACCGAGAUUGAUUGGCACUCUUCCGCUAAAUGUAAAAAUAUGAAACAAGAGCUCUGCAGUGGAGCUGGUACAAGGAAAGACAAUGUGAAACAAAUGUGAAACUUGCUUGUGAAAUUGAAGCACUGGAUGCCUCGCCCACUGGGCUAGAGGUGUUCCAGAUGGGGGUUGGAGUUGCAAGUGCUGUUGCAGUCGGCGUGGGGGCCCCAGGCAGAGUUCAGUAGGGGGCGCUGUGUCGCAGUGAGUCCUGGAUCUACUGAAGAGCAAAUGAUUGAGUGUGAGUGUGGGGGGAGGAAGGCUGAGAUGUUGCGUUUUAUCCAGUUUUUAGAGAACCUUUCUAUUCCAAUAAGUGCCUGAUGAUGGCCUGAAUGUGAUUGAAUGGUUAAAUUAAAGAGCAGUUAAAAGCAAUAAUACUUAAAUCCCAAACUGUAUUAUUUAGGAAUUGUAUGAAACCAACCAGAAACCAUUAAAAGGUUUUGAUGUUUUCUUGUUUAUAUAAUAAAAACAAAAUUGUGUAUCUGUAGAGACAGGCUAUAAAUACAUUUUUAUACAGGCGAUUUUUAGUCUCCUGUGUUAGUAAUGCCAUGUUUCCAGAGACCGAUUAAAUUAUUGUUAUCGCUGUGAAUCCUUUCCUCAACAGUUGUAUUCUACAGUCCUUUCAGACUUUCUUAUGUGAGCAUUGAUCCUCAAGCGCAGAUGACGUCUACAACCAUGGCAGCUCUGUCUGUCCACACCAGAGACACUCAGGUGCAGCUCAGAGUGAAGAGCUGAGUCUUGCGGGACAGAGGGGAAUCUCUUUGUGAUACUAGAGUUACUCUCCUGUACAUGAGUGCUGUCUCGCAGUGAGCAUACAAGUGUUACAGUUUUUGCCUUAAGUCUGUAUUUUGCGGGAACUUAACACACAUGUUGACGUUAUACAGUGCAGUUCUGUAGUUUAGUGCCAUGAUUUUUUUUUCCACGUUCGUGAUAAUUGGGAUGACAUAAAUUUGCAUUCUAUAACCGAUAACCAACAUUAGUAUUAACAGCAGGAAAUAUUCUCAAGUUUUUACAUACUGAUCAUUUAAAAACAUAUUUUAGCAUAGAAAUCUCCAAAAACAACACCAGCUUUCUCUGAAGAAUUAUCUGCUUCAGGGAUUCCAGUGGUGGACCGAAAAUGUUGACAAAAACACAUUUCUAGAAGUAACAUUGUCAAGCAGAUGUAGACUGAAAUCUGCCACCAUAAGGAGUUCCUUGCUAAGGCCCUACAGACUGUGGCACUACAAACACUGCGAGUGAGGGGGCUCAGUACCUUCUCAGAUGAGGAGUGUACAGUACUUCUUUUGCAUGAGUGCAUGUUCUGGGAGAUUAAGUGUUUCUCCAGUGUGUUCAGCAUUCAGCUCUUUUUUUUCUAUGAGAUACCAUUCACACCUUGUACUGUAUAUUUUAUUUUAAAAGUUUGAUGUUCAGAUUAGCCCUGGAGAAAUAUACCUUGUUAAAAGAGCUUAUAACGCAUCUCUUUCCAUUUGUAUAAUAAAGUAUUUGGCUGUUGACAUGGAAUACAAGAGCUGUCCCUGGAGGCAGAUGCACUCUGAACCCUGAUCUCUGCAAGGAAACUGGAUGCAGUUCAUACCAAGCAGUGAAUACUUUCGAAAAUAACAAAGUAGCAUUUUUUCUAAAGCCCUGUUUGCUUGAUUUUAAUGUUUGAAAAACAAUCCAUUAUUUUCCCCUGUGCCUUUUAUUGUUUCAUGUGAUUCUGAGAAUACUUUUAACUUCCAUUUGCCUGCUGUGUAGCUGGGAAUGAGCCUGCAGCCCAGGUGCUCGGGAUGAGCUGGAAGGAAGCAGCUCUGUGUUUUACAGGGAGCUCACAGCCCUGCGCACAUGUGCACCUUUGCCUGGCUAGGCUGGCUGACUGGGAGGCAGGACAGGAGCCUGUAGACAAAGGGACACUGUGGAUCUGCGUUUUUGUUGUUUUCUGGAAAACAGAUUUUUAAAAUUAUUUUUGUAAUUACAUAGGCUACAAGAAUGGAUAUUUUAAUGUAGACUUUAAAAUAAAAUAUUCCAACAAUA